AUGAGCCUUUACGGUCAACAAGACUUUGACGACUGGUCGAGCUGCCCCUCGCGUCGCCAAAGCACCAUAUCAACCUCCACAGUGUCGUCCGCGUCAACCAGCAUCUUGUUCCAGAGUCCCGCCACCUCCCCCGGCUCUCGGAAACCUUCAUGGCAACUCUACGAUGACGUAGUGCGUCUUGAACUGAACCCGUACAUGACUGUUUCUUUCCUCAGGAACGGCCAACUGUUCAAACUACGAUACAGCUAUAUUGAUGUGUGCAAGGAUUCAUCGGGAGCGCUGCGAUGUCUCGAGCUGGGGGGAGGUCUCGGGCAACAGACGCCUUUUAUUCAUGCCUUUCAUGGCACCAAAUUACCCGUGCCGCAUCUCGAACACCCCAAAGAUUCCGCAGAAUACCCCCUCCGCGUCUCGUUCCUGGAGAACCAAACCAUUCAGACCUCCCAGGUGGUUUUCAUGACACAGCUAUCAUAUAAAUUUGAGAAUUGGGAAGAUUGUGUAUCAUUCCAAGAGCUAUUGCUUUGUUCGAAGCUCAUAUUUAUUGGUGGAAUGGCCGAAGCUAAGUCCAAGGGCCGCGGAGAAGAGUGUAUCAGCCAGAAUCUCCGCAUUCUCCGGGGCCCCAAUGGGAAGCGAGUGAUGCUGUACUUUGCCAACUCCCAGCGCAAAGACCUAAAACGAUAUGUGUCCAUUCCGCUGAAUUGCGUGGCCCAUGUCAAGCCACCGAAGAAGUCCGGACGUCCUGUGGCGGUAGAUUUGAACCCCAACUUCGACUACCUAGCUCAGAUGCGAAAUUUACACAUCCAGUUCCUGGAUGAUAAUGGUCAGUUGCGCCCAGCUCCGGCUUAA